AUGACGAAGGCGCCCACCACAGGACCGAGACGCGUCGACCUGGGCGAUGUUGGGGCGCCCAAUGCCGACCGCAUAGAGGCGUGGGUGGUGGACGAGGUGCUCACAGCCGACGAGUGCAGCCACUACAUCGACCAGGCCGAGCGCGUGGGCCUCGCCAGUCUCGAGACCGUCUUCCCGCAGGCUUACCGCAGCUCCGACCGUCUCCUCACCCUCGCCCCACCGCACAUUGUACGCGGCCUCUUCGCCCGGCUCCUGCCCGCCCUCGAUCGCCGUGAUUUGCUGUGGAAUCCGAUGGGGCCAGGCACGGAAGGCGUGUGGUUGCCGUGCAGCCUCAACGAAUGCUUCAAGAUCGGCCGCUAUCGCCCCGGGUGCCACUUCAGCGCGCACAUGGACGGGCCGUGGGUGCCGAGCGCACACGAGGCCAGCAUCUUCACCGUGCUCAUCUACCUCAACGACGCCACCACGUCGCCCGCCUGCCACGGCGGACAGACUAACUUCCUCGCAGCUGCCGCCGCCCACGCACCUGAUGGCGCCAGCCCGCAUGCGGCGCCACGUGACGACGACCGGGUGGGGGCUCGGCUGGCGGAGGGGGUGAAGUACGUGCUGCGCACGGAGCUCAUCUUCAGGCGCGUCGACUCUCCGCUCACGCCGCGACACGUGUCGUCGGCUGACGAGUCGGCGUGGCGCCGCAUCGUCGCCCUCUACGACCAAUCCGAGGAGCUGUUGCGAGAGGGCGACACGGAGGGCUUUGUCGAGGCCUAUCUCGCCGCCAUCGAGCUCCAGCAGCAGCGGACCAGCGACAAUGUCCAUCACCGCGUCGGCAAUGGUGUCGACGGCGAUGACGUCGCCGCGCGCGGCUUGUUCACGGCGCUGCCGGCCGAGGUCGUGUGGCGCGUGACGAGCCGCCUGGGCGCGGGCGAUGUCGCGCGGCUGAUGUGCGCCGCCGACAAGCGGCUCUACCGCCUCUUGCGCGUCGAUUCCUCGUGGCGCGCCUUCUAUUUCCGUCGACUCGGGCUCAACUACAGCGAGCGCAUCCACCGCCGCGCUCUGCAUGACGACUCUGACACCGCAGAGGAGCUGGAGGACGAGGCGAUGCAGCUGCGCUUCGACUGGUACGACCUGUGCCGCCGCCACAGCCGCAGACGCGGCGGACCCACCACCUCAGGCGCGCCACGUGUCGCCACGUCAGCAGCGCCGAUGAUGAUGAUGAAGAAGUGCGUCCAAUCGGUCGACGACAGCGUGAAGCGGUCACACGUGGCCGACGAGGCGCACGAUCUACAUCCCAUGCGCCACGCAACUAUGCCGUCGUCGCCGAUGUCGACUAGUACGGUCCACCGUCGCGAGACCACCACUACCACCGGCGGCGGGCUGCCGUUUCGGUGGAUGCUGGGGGACGUCGGCGGGGACGUCGUGACGCCACAGGCGGACUACAGGCAGGAGGACGUCUCCUAUAUCGUGUUGGACAAUGGCGGCCACACCGUCAAAGCCGGGUUUGGAGGAGAUGACGCGCCCCGGUCGCGCAUUCCGGCGGUGGUGGGCUACCCGCGACACAGUCACUCGGUGCCGGUGGGCAUGGGCAUCAAGUGGUUCUACGUGGGCGACGAAGUCAUCGCCAAGCGGGGCAUCCUCCGCCAAGAGAUCCCCAUGCACAAUCGGACCAUCCUUAACUUCGACGCCAUGGAACGCGUCUGGCACCAUACGUUCUACAACGAGCUGCGGGUAGCGCCAGAGGAGCAUCCGCUGGUGAUGAGCCACACAUCGUUCACGCCGCAGGCACACCUUGAAAAGAUGCUCCAGAUCGCCAUGGAGACUUUCAACGUGCCCGCCUUCUUCUCCGCCAACCAGCAAGUGUUGGCUAGCGUGUGGCUAGGGAAGAAGACGGCCCUCGUGGUCGACAUCGGUGUUCAUGACACCCACAUCGUGCCCGUCGUUCAAGGAAGGGUGCUGGAGCAGGGCGUGGUGCGGCUGCCUUGCCUCGGCGGCGGGAUGCUCACAGACCACCUCCUCCACCUCCUGACGCAGCAGCCCGGCAGCUCAUUCGAGGAGAGCGGAGUCUACAGGGGCGUCGCCAAUGAAAUGAAGCACGCGUUGGGAUUCUGUUCGCUGGCGCCAGAGCGUGACCGCGAGGUUGCCGCGCGACAGCUGCGCGACGGCGCGCGCGAGCCGGUGCCGUUCUUCGAGUGUACGCGCGUGCGGGGCACCUAUCUCGACGUGCUGCCCAGCGAGCUGCUGGUGCUGAUCGACAGGUCGGUGCAGCACCACCGCAUCGUUCGCCCCUACUCCAUGCCCGACGAGAGCAAAGUGGUGGUGGGGAGUGAGCGGUUUGCCUGCGUGGAACCGCUCUUCCAACCGCAGCUGCUCGACUGGGUGGUGGCCACCAAGCACAAGUUUAUGUACCGGUGGUGUGACGAGGUGAACGAGGCGAGGAAGGGCAUGCACGAGGGCCUGGCCCAUAGCAUCGACUCCUUCAAAGACGCCCCCGACCUCCAGUUAACCCACUCCCGCCUCCUUGUAAUUUAA